AUGGUAACAGAAUUAAUUUGCUGUUUUGCUGUUAAAAAGGAACAAUGCAAUCCAUGCAAUAUUUCAGUUCCCCCAGUGAUAGUUGAUGCUGGCAAGCCACCACAGAAGCUGAAUGUGGUGGUGGAGAGACCUAUCUCCAUUGAGUGUAUUGCCGAGGGAAUCCCCCCACCCACCAUCAGGUGGUUCAAAGGAGGGGAGGAGAUGAAUGUGGAUGCUGAUCCACAUAUAACCAUCCAUACAAAUGGCCGAGUCCUGGAGAUAACAAGUGCUCAGGUAAAAGACACAUCGUCAUACACUUGCCGUGCUGAGAAUCCUGCUGGUAUGGCUGAGAGACACUACAUUCUGGAUGUUUAUGUGCCUCCCUCUAUCAAUGGUUCAGAAAGAUUGGAGCAGCUUACAGUUACCAUUAAUCGCCCAAUUGCAAUUAAGUGCCCUGCAGAGGGCAUUCCAUCCCCACGAAUAUCAUGGGAGAGAGAAAGUAUCCCUAUCUCACCCUUGGGAACUCCUAACAUAAGGGUGUAUGAAAACGGAAGACGUUUGCAGAUUUUGAGUGCACAGUUGCGAGAAAUUGGAUCCUAUGCUUGCAUCGCUGUCAACCCAGCAGGAAGAGCCAUUAAGAAUUUUGACUUGGAUGUUCAGGUUCCACCAACAAUAGAAGAUGGCCAGACAGAGGUUGCCUCCAUUGUAGAUACCAGAACUACAUUAGAGUGUCAAAGUGUUGGACUGCCAGACCCAGAGGUGACAUGGACCAAAGAUGGCACAAAACUGUCCUUUGACACAGGUGCUCAGUUACGCUACCGCAUGCACAAGUCUGGUAACCUGGAGUUUGCUGCUGUGAAGGUGGCAGAUGAGGGCGAGUACACCUGUACUGCCAGCAACCCUGCAGGUCAAGUGUCCAGGAGAAUUAACCUCAGUGUUUAUGUCCCUCCAAGUAUUGAACGGGGAGAGAAAGAAAAGCGGGUUCUUGUUAAAAACACUGUCAUACUCCCUUGCAAAGCAACUGGAACUCCCAAACCAAUCAUUUCUUGGCAGAAAGGAGCAGCACUUCAAACAAAUUCCAUAGGAUUCAGAGAGAUUCUUUCCAAUGGUUCCUUGAAAAUAGAGAAUGCGCGUGUGUCAGAUAGUGGCAUGUAUAUCUGUAUAGCACAGAACACUGCCGGCACCAUCCUGGCCCAGACGAGGCUAGAAGUAUUGGGUAAGCUGGCAAACAUAGCCCACAAAUUAUUUUCAGUUUAUUCAGAGUGA